AUGCAGCGACGCGAUGACGAGGCCACGGCGACGGCGACGGAGUCCGACGCGAUGCUCGCGGCGAGGCUUCAGCGCGAAGAAGAAGCCGCGGCCGCGGCGGCCGCGUCCGGUAACUCGAACGGAGGAAUGAUGAUGGCGGAGGCGCGAGCGAGGGGGCGCGCGGAAGGUUGGGGCGGCGGCGGCGGCGGAGGAGGGCGAGGCGCGCCGCCGCCGCGCCGCGACGACGACGUCGACGUCGAGCUCGACGACCUCGCGGCGAACCGCCGCAGAGACGCGGCGAUCGCGGCGGCCGCGGCGGGGCGGGACAUGCUCUCCGCGGGGGGGUUGAUAUUCGGCGGCGGCGCGCGCGGCGGCGGCGGCGGCGGCGGCGGCGGCGGCGGCGGAGGCGGACGCAGACGCGACGACGAAGACGCGGACGCCGCGCUCGCGAGGGCGCUCGCGGAGGAAGAGACGGAAGCCGCCGCGCGUCACCACGGCGACGGCGGGAGAGCCCCCAGCGGACGCGACGCCACGGCGGCGGACGACGAGGCGCUCGCGAGGGCGCUGCAGGAGGAAGAGGACGCCGGGUGGGCGGCGGCGCCGGCGCCGGCGCCGGCGCCGGGCGCGUCCUUCGUCCCGCCUUCUCCGGUUCCCGUUCGAUCCGUUCCCCCCGGACACUGCCCCGGGUGCGAGCGAUCGACCGCGUGGACGGGCGGGAUCAGCGCGAUGGGGCGGACGUGGCACCCGACGUGUUUCACGUGCGCGGGGUGUCGCCGCGUCAUCGCGGAGCCUUCGUUCGCGACGCGCGACGGCGUCGCGUAUCACAAAUCGUGUUUCCGAGAGUUGUUCCACCCGAAGUGCGUCGUGUGCGACGUCUUCAUCCCCGCGGACCGGUCGGGAUCGGUGAAGUUUCUCACGCACCCGUACUGGGGCGACGUGUUUUGUCCGACGCACGACGACGACGGCACGCGUCGAUGCGACGGCUGCGAUCGUUUGGAACGCCGCGGAACGUCGGAGAAUCAAUUCGGCGAGCUGCCGGACGGCAGAGCGCUGUGCAUCGAGUGCGCGUCCACGGCGGUCAUCGACAGCGCCUCGGACGCGCCGCCGCUGUACGACGACGUGUGCCUCUUCUUCGAGAGCAAAGACAUGCCGCUGCUGCCGCAGCGACCGCCGCUGCAUUUAGGCGCGUUUUAUACGCUGGUCCCCAUGCGACCGCUCCCGCAAGAGAUGCUCAACGACGCGGACGACGUCGAGGGGUGGCAUCGCGGCCGAACCGCGCGCACGCGCGGUCUGUGCAUGUUCCAGGAGCACCGCAUCCGAACCGUGGAGCGCGUGCCGAACGUGAACGGCGGGAGGGGAUUUAGUAACAGUUCUGGGUUUCCGGGGUUAGGGUUCAGCGAGCGCGUCGUGACGCGGACCGCGGGGCACACCGUGAACGCGGUCGUCGUGUUGUACGGCUUACCGCUCAUCGCCGCCGGCGCGAUUCUCGCGCACGAGUGCACGCACGCGUACAUACGCCUCGCGGGUGGGUACCCGCGCCUGGAGCCGAAGGUCGAGGAAGGGCUGUGUCAGCUCAUGGCGCUGCUGUGGGUCGAGAACGCGGCGCUGCACGGCGUGUCGCGAGAGAGGGGGGGACCCUCGAGCGGCGGCGGCGGGAAAGGCGGAAAAGUUUCCGCGCCGGCUCCGGCGUCGUGGGAGGAAGCGAACGCCGCCGCGAUGGCGGGGUACGUCGCGAACCAGAUACGGACGGACCGCAGCGAGAUAUACGGCGACGGGUUACGCGCCGCGUUGGCCGCGCAUAAUAAACACGGCCUGCGCGCGGUGUUUUCGCACGUGCGCGCGACGGGGCGGUUGCCGCCGCCGUGA